AUGGAAGACGACAAUCCCUUCGCCAUUUUCACAACCAAAUCCGAAAGAUUGGAACUUUUUCGACACAUCAUCAACGCUGAAUCUCCGCUUACAUCUGAUGAUACGGAUCGAGUUCUCGCAACGAUCAAGCAACAUGCAGGACUUCUUGAAGGACUCUCGGACAGGGAAGUCAAACAGAUCCAAGCUCUGGCUAGAUUCAUAUCUGUGGAGCCGUGGACUUUUCCGGCCGAAUCAACCCAACCGCCUCCGCCACAAUCUGAGUUGAAGCUCUCAUCCCCGGAACCCAUGGUAGUCUCUUUACCCUUAGAUGAAUCAGUUUCCGCUUCUAGAAAGCUAGAUUUCAACAUCUCUUUGCCAAAUCAGUUUGUGUCCACCUCAAGUGAAUUGUGUGCCCCUUCCAUUCCUUUACAAGGUGAUCCGUAUGAGUCUUCUACACAUAACUUACCUGAAAAUCUUGUGCCUUUAUCUGAUUUAAUGCAUGCUGUGUCAUCUCCCUUCACCAUUCAAAAUAUUAAUCAAUAUGUGUCUCCCAUGGCGUGUGCUGCAUUCUCUAUUCCCAUUACCAUUCCAGUUUCGAAAUCAGCAGAGGUCCCCAUCCCUGUGGCCACCUCACAUGAUUCUGUUCCCAUUAUCUCUGUGCCCGUGGGCAAAUCUUCCCGAAAAGGGAAAGAAAAAAUUACUGUUUCAGGUACAACCGAGAAAAGAAAAAUAGAAGCAUUGGAGGAUGUUGUCUACCUGUCUGAUUCCAAGCAAUCAAAAAGAGGGCCCACAUUGCCACCCAGAAUGACAAGAUCUAGAUCAGUUUCAGUCCCAGUACCAAGUCCUGCUCCAGCACCAGCUACUGCUGCUGUUCUUUCUGGCUCAAAGAAGAAACAACCCAAGAAGACAUAUCAUCCUAUUUUACUGUCUCAAGAUUUGAUGACCGACUGGAGGGUUCAUGCUACACGGGAGUUUAUUCUGGAAAAAUCCAUCAAUGUGGAGGAGUUGACUGAAAAAUGCAACAUUGUACCUAUUUUACGUGAUCAGUUUCUGCUUGCCUCACUUGUACAUGUUGGCCCGUAUUCCAGAUGGCUCACUGCCGAGUUCUACACAAAUUUAACAUUGGAUACUUUCUCGGAGGGGUCUCCACGAUUUCAACAAGUCUUUAUUCGGGAUAAAUGGUAUCCCCUGAGUCCGGCUGUGAUUAAUUCCUAUUUGGGUACUCCGAAUCAUCAAGCUGCUCCUGACCCGAGUCCUAAUCUGCUAGCCGCUGCAUUAACUCACAACAAGAUUGUUACUUGGCCUAACACCGGACUUGAAAGCCUAAAGCUCACCACAGUCUACUCUGUUCUUCUCCGGAUUGCUUCAUGUAAUUGGAUGCCGGCUGUUCGUCAUCAUCUUGUGUCUGACCAGCUUGCUACCCUUCUCUACAAGAUUAGGAACCGCCUCCCUAUCAAUCUUGGAGAAACCAUCUUUGGCCAUCUUGCGCAUUUUGUACGUCAUAGGGAACCUAAGGUACAUCUACCAUUUCCAAGUCUCAUUUUUGGACUUCUACAGGAACACGGGUUCAAGCCCUACACAGAUGAGGUGGUGAUUGCUAAUGACUCAAUCUACAAGUAUGAUGAUCGUUUGACAAAUAAGGAUCACUAUGAUGAUAGAGCUACACUCAUGAUCACUCCCAAUGCACCAUCUGCCACACCUCCGGUGUCUGCCCCUGCCUCGUCUGCUGACACUGGUUCUGCGCCUAUUCCUCGUCCAGCUGCAGUGAUCAAGGAACCACAGACGCUCAUGGAUCGCCGUCAAAUUGUCCCCACUCUUCAAGCAUCAAUUGCUCAGAUUCACACAUCGGUUGCAUCUCAACAAAUUACCAUUGAUGGCUUACAAAAAUUGUUGGGUGCUCAGUUGGAAGAAAUUGCCCGAAUGGAGGCCAUAUAUGCUCGUAUUCGAUCUACUACAUCCACUGCUGGCGCUGACACUGGGUCUUUUUCUGAGAGUGAUGAAUCUGAGUCAGGUACCCCGUCUGCAAGUUAA